ACGGUCAAAAAAAUCUUAAAAACCAGAGACAACCCACAAAAAAAUCCCUCAAUUAAACCAGAGAUUAAAUCUUCAAGAAAAUCCAAUUUCAAAAGCAACAAUAAGAAACAACAAAGUAAAAGCCAAUCUUGAUUUGAUUCCUUUGAAGAAACACCAUCAUUUUUUUGUUUAUUUUUACCAAAUAAGAAGAACAAUGAGUAGUAUACUUCAGUACCCAGAAGUAUGGAACAAUGAAGCAUUCGACGAUGGGGAUUCAGAGGAUUCUUUGGGCUUGAUGAUUAAAUCAUCGUCAUCAUCUUCUUGGUGGAACCAAUCUCUUGAAUCCAGUUGCAGUAAAGAAAAUAUGAAUCCUGUUCUUGAAAAGUCCGCUGCUUUUUUCAAACCCUCAAUACCCACCAAGCCUCUCAAGUCUAAUAACAUCAUCGUCAACUCUCAAGGCAAUAAUAGUACUGUUAAACUCAACAAUCCGUUGAAGAUUGUUCUCAAACGGGAUGGAUUGGGGUCCAAGAAUGUGAGUCAAGAAGAUGAGACAAAGAUUGAUGAGGAGAUUGAAGCGAUUGAGAAAGAAAUUAGCCGUUUAUCGUCAAGAUUGGAAUCGCUGAGGCUCGAAAAGGUGGAGCGGAGUUUAAAGAUUGGUGAGAAGAAAGGGAAAGCUGUGCCGGCGAAAUUCAUGGAGCCCAAACAGACUGUUAAGAUUGAGAAGCGAAGAGGAAUGAGUUUGGGGCCAUCUGAGAUAUAUUCUGCUACUAAGGCUAGGUUGUUUAAUAAGCAAGAAGUGGCCACUCCUGUUUCGACAAAGAAUCGUAGGAAAUCUUGUUUUUGGAAGCUUGAGGAAGUUGAUGAGUUGAAAGCUACUAAAGAAAGGGGUAAAAGCUCGAGUUUAAGUCCAAAGUCGCGCAAGAUUCAAGCUCCAAAAAUGGCUGCUACUACUGUAGGAUCAAGAAAGUUGGUGAAGAAAGAAGUUGGGGUUAUUGCUUCAAUUCAGCCCAAGACAUUGUUCAAAGAUGGAGAAAAAUCUGUGCCUAAUAGGAAAUUGGUCAAGCCUGGAAGAGUUAUACCGAGCAGGUAUAAUCAGAUUGGAUCUAAUGUGUCUGCAAGUGAGGCUAGGAAAAGGUCUCUACCUGAUAGUGAUAAGGAAGAUGCGAAUAAGAGGCGUUCGCGCGAAACUGGAGUGAAUCAGAGAGUUGAGAUCAGUUGUAGCAGAGGGAAGAAGAAAUGUGAAGUUCCGAAUGAGUUAGUGGUGCCUGUCUGUGUGGUUGAGGAAUCGGUGAUAUCGAAUUCGUUGAAGGGUGAUGUGCUGCCAAAGAUCAAGACUUUUCGAUGUGUUAAUGAGACCCCGAGAGAUUCUGGAGCUGCUAAAAGGGUGGCUGAUUUGGUUGGGAAGAAAUCCUUCUUUUGUAUUGAUGAAGGAGAAGAGACAGCAGAGGACUCUGUUUGUCAAACUUUAAGGUUUGAUUUUGAAGAAGAUGAAGAGGAACUUUAGUUGCUGGUUUUGUUAAUGAAUGUUGGUAAGCUAUAACUCUUGUUAUGGUUUGUGGUUCUUCUGUUAAAUUGAUUUGUAAGUUUUGUUUAGUUAAUUUUGAUUUCUACAAUGCAAUAAUGGGAUAAGCUUGUCUCUUGCUGUUGAUUGAAUAUCAAAUUAUGUGUAGUUACCAAUUUUUUAAUGAAUCCAUUCAUCUUAUAUGCU